ACGUCGCCACGUGGGCGGUCGUGAGUGGCUGACGGAGCUUCCUGAGCAACAAGCGGCGACAGGCUGAAGCUGCGACAAUGGCUCCUGCGGCGACUCUCACGACGCGAGCCUUCGUGCUCUGCUCCUGGGCUCUCCUCCUGGCCGCCGCCGUCAGUCGGGCCGAGGAGACGCUGGUGAACGAGGAGGUUCGCAGGCUGCUCGACCUGUCGACGCACGUGGCCAAGUCGACGGCGGACGUGACUUUGCUGAACCGAGGCGCGGAGGCGGCGACUCACUUCUUCCUCGUCUUCGACGCCGAGAUCGCUCCGCAUCUCGCCUUCGUGGGCGCCAAGUUAAAAUCCAGUGACGAUGAUGACCCCUCUCUCCUCAUCUCGGAAACGACCAUCAAGGGACACAGUGGCCCGGCGUACAAGGUUCACCUGGCAUCUCCGCUGGGCCCCGGGGAGCGCGUGACGGUGGCGACGGAGACGGUGUUCUCGCACUCGCUCUCCCCGUUCCCGUCGAAGAUCGCGCAGACCGAACGCCAGCUGGUCGUCUUCGAGGGCAACCACUACUUCUACUCGCCCUACCCGACGCUCACGCAGAACACGCGCGUGCGCCUCGCCUCCAAGACCGUGGAGUCCUACUCCAAGCUGCAGACCACCACCAAGACGGACGACAGCAUCGAGUACGGGCCCUACACCGACGUGGCACCCUUCAGCUACGACCCGCUGCGCGUGCACUACGAGAACAACUCUCCCUUCCUGACGGUGACGCGGCUGACGCGCGUCAUCGAGGUGUCGCACUGGGGCAACAUCGCCGUGGAGGAGACGCUCGAUCUGCGCCACUCGGGAGCCGUCCUGCAGGGGCCCUUCUCGCGCUACGACUACCAGCGGCAGCCCGACAGCGGCGUCUCCUCCAUCAAGUCCUUCAAGACGAUCCUCCCCGCGGCUGCCCAAGACGUCUACUACCGCGACGAGAUCGGAAACAUCUCCACGAGCAACCUGCUGGUGCUUGACGACUCGGUGGAGAUGGAGGUGCGGCCUCGCUUCCCGCUGUUCGGCGGCUGGAAGACUCACUACUACAUCGGCUACAACCUGCCCAGCUACGAGUACCUCUUCCACCACGGCGAGCAGUACGCGCUCAAGAUGCGCUUUGUCGACCACGUCUUCGACGACCAAGUGAUCGAUGAUCUGACGGUCAAGAUCAUCCUGCCCGAGGGGGCCAAGAACAUCGAGGUGCAGCCGCCGUACUCCGUGUCGCGCUCGCCCGACGAGCAGCACUUCACCUACCUGGACACGUUCGGGCGGCCCGUCAUCGUGGCCCACAAGAGCAACCUGGUGGAGAACCACAUCCAGGACUUUGUGCUCUACUACACCUUUAACAAGGUGCUCAUGCUGCAGGAGCCACUGCUCGUCGUCGCCGCUUUCUACAUCCUCUUCUUCACGGUCAUCGUCUACGUGCGUCUCGACUUCUCCAUCACCAAGGACCCGGCGGUGGAGACGCGCAUGAAGGUGGCGUCGAUCGUGGAGCAGACGGUGGGGCUGGUGUCGCGCCGCCUCGCCGCCUACCGCACCUUCGACGAGGCCGUGAGCCGCUACAAGUCGGCCAAGGAGACGGCCGUGCUGGCGGCCGCGCGCAAGCAGCUGGACGCCGAGCACCGCUCGCUCACCAACGAGAUCGCCGGCUUGCAGUCACGCCUCAAGACCGAGGGCUCCGACGCCGCCGAAAAGGUGGCGGAGCUGCAGCGCUUGGACUCGGGCCUGCGCGAGCUCGUCAACAAAGCGGGCCAAGACGCGGAACGCCUCGUGCAGUCCAAGCUCGCCAAGCAGCCGUACCUGGAGGCCGAGAAGCUGAACACGGCCAAGCGCCAGGAGGUGGUGCUCAAAAUCGACGGAAUCCUGGACGCGCUGUGAUGAUGUCACUCCGCUUUCCACCCCCCACCCCCCACCACCUCUCGCUUGACUCGCGGGAGCCGGUCCGGCCCUAAAAUCCUCGCGUUUCUUUACUCGCCUGCUCGCUCGCUCGCUCGCUUGCCGGUCGACGCGGCGCUCAUGGUUAAUGGGGUGGGGGGGGCGGCGUGUUUUGUUCAGAGGCCCCUCGUUUGGGUUGAGCGUCGCGUCGCUUGCUCGCCGGCUUUCUCUGAAAUGGCGACGUCUGCAAGGGGAACGUUUCUUUACGCGGGCGUGUGGGGGGGAAUGGGGGCCAGGCGUCUGAAUUGCGAGCGCUUAAAAUUUGCGAUGUACGUUCUUUCGUUUGCGAUCGAUUAUUUUAACGUGGUGAAAUUCGUAUCCAAAUUGCACGAGACGCAGUUUAAUCGGUCGUUUGAGUCCACGAUGAGGUACUUCGGUCAUUUGCGGUUUGAAUGUACGUUGCCCAUCUCUGCGUUGAAGGCCGGUUAAGUCGUCGCGAGGUGCAGCGACGAGAUGGUGAGUGAGUGUGCGGAGUGCGGGGGCGUGAUCCUGGAUUUGUUUUUUUUAUUUUAGUUUUCUUGAAAAUAUUUUUUUUGUAUCCUUUCCCACAAUUUUGUUACGGUUGUGCCGUUGGCAUCGUAACCACGAGACGAAUAAACCUUGUAACGAUACCAAGAAAUAUCCGUUCCGAUCUCUUGCAGCGAGCGGUGCAUCACCUUGUGUCAGAGAAUGACCCCCCCCACCCCGCCCCGCAAGAUGACGUCAGAGAACUUCUGUUUAUUAAGCUCUUUUUUUAUCCACGUUCGCUCACGGUUUAGUCUUGCUUAAUCGAGUGAGAACUCGAGACCAGGAUGCGUCUCGUUUGCGAGAGUGAACUGGUGUCACGGCGAAAGAUUGCUUUUUUUUGGACUCCUGCAACAGAGGUGUGCGUGCUUGUGCUAUAUCGCUUACGCGUAAAGUUUCUCACUGUAGCUUUCCACAACUCACCCUUCGUCCCCCAAGCCCCAAACUAAGACACGUGGUGCUGGCAGUUGUGCCUCAGUGCUCCAGCUCAACACGCCCUGUUGACCGAACCGCCGUUGGCCCCGCCCGCUCGCUCGCGCUGUGCGCCCGACGGCCCCCUGUCGACGCGUUCACUCCUCGCUUUCUCGAACCGCGAUACGCAAAAAAGUACCGUUUGAAAAAGAAAAAAAAAUCAUUGCCCUUUCGUUUGACGUUGACGCCCGCGGAAACAACGCCGUCGUUCGGCGCUGCUGCACGAGCGACGGCGUCUCGUAAAGCCGCACUUUUCACUUGCGCCGAGAGUCGUUUUCAUCUCGUUAACCGGCAGCGGCGCGCACGGUGUUCCGGUCUUCGCAGUGAAUGUCGCACGUGCCCAAGUUUUUCUGGUGCGGUGCGGCGAGCGGUGUCACAGGUGUGCAUUGGUUGCAGCGCCCCACCCCCUUCCUUUACCCCCUCCCCCACCACCACUUCAGCGACUCGAUGAUUUGUCAAGGUAUCGUCGUCGUCACAAUUAGAUUAAAGAAUCGAUUCUUAUUGUCA